GUGAUGCUGCAGCUCCGGUAGUGUCUCCAGUCUCCAGUAAACAGCAGUCAUGGCGACAGUGGUCCAACCGCUCUCUCUGGAUCGAGAUGUUGCCAGGGCUAUCGAGCUGUUGGAGAAGCUGCAGGAGUCGGGUGACGUCCCCGGUCACAAGCUCCAAUCUCUGAAGAAGGUCCUUCAGAGUGAGUUCUGCACAGCCAUCAGAGAGGUGUACCAGUACAUGCAUGAAACAAUUACAGUGAAUGGCUGUCCGGAGUACCAGGCGAGGGCCACGGCUAAGGCCACAGUUGCAGCCUUUGCAGCCAGCGAAGGUCACUCCCACCCGCGGGUGGUGGAGCUACCUAAGACGGAGGAAGGGCUGGGCUUUAACGUGAUGGGCGGCAAGGAGCAGAACUCACCAAUCUACAUCUCCCGCAUCAUCCCCGGAGGCGUGGCUGAGAGGCAUGGUGGCCUAAAGCGAGGGGAUCAGCUCCUGUCUGUCAAUGGUGUGAGUGUAGAGGGCGAGCACCACGAGAAAGCAGUGGAGCUGCUGAAGGCGGCCAAGGACAGUGUGAAGCUGGUGGUUCGCUACACCCCCAAAGUGCUGGAGGAAAUGGAGGCUCGCUUUGAGAAGCUCCGCACGGCCCGGCGGCGCCAGCAGCAGCAGCUCCUCAUGCAGCAGCAGCAACAGCAGAACCUGACCUCUCAGCAGAACCACAUGUCGUAGGUUGUUCCAAAAGAAGAAGAAGUGAAGGAGAGCGAGAGAAAAAAAAGGUGGAUCUCAAAGACCAUCUGUUUGUGUUGAGGAUCCCAAAGGAAUCUCUCCGGCGUGGAGGAAACCAACAAGUAGAAGACUCUUUUACUUACUCUCUCCCUUCCAGUGUACCACCGAUUACUGAGCAAAAACAAAGAGAGAGCCGCUUGUCCUGAAAUUGGUGCUUUGAAAAACAAGUGUGAGGGAGGCUAGCACUGAAAGUCGUCCAUUUUAACUUUGUAUUCCCUUUUAUAAGUUGUUCUCCCCGGUUGUGACUCUUACUGGAACUCCCUUUCUUGUGUUUGCUGUUUUGUUUACAGUCAUCCAUUUCUGAUUAUACCAACAUCCAUCGCACCGUGGCACCUUUGCCAUUUUGCCAUUUUGCCAUAGAUAUCAUUUGUACAGUGGUGUUUCUAUUGAUUCCUCAACUGGUGCUUGUGUCUCCGUAUGAAUGACCAUUGGUUUUUUCUCUUUUUUUGUGUCGAACUUGUCCUGUUUUGGAUAAACGUGAACUCUUUUUUACCUUCUAUAUUGUAGCAGGAAAGAUUUUGUAUCUUGUAGGUUUAGCAAUAACACACAUUCUUCGGUUUUUACAUUUCACCACUAAAUUCAUGAUCGGAUACAUGCAUAUAUACAAAGUUUAUGGCAUAGGUGCAGAUGUAAAUCAUUUAAAAGCAAACUGGGUCUUAUGUACUGUAAGGCAGCUUCUUUGUCCAAAUCUAUCCUAUGUGCCAUAUAAAGAGAUUAUUGAUUUCCAGGUGGCAAGAACAAUUAAUGUGCAAUAACUGCGAUCAGACUUUGUAAGCUACUCCCAACUGAGAUUUAUCCAGAAAAUAUAUGUUAGCGAGAGAUUUUAACGUACCAACCCUGAGAAAUGUCAACUGUGUCCUAUUCCCGACAGAAAAACAGAAUGUCACCAGUUUUCAUUUGAGUGGGAGUUAAAUCAACAUAUGCUAGAAUUAUGUUUAUUUUUCAGACGUGUCUAUUUUAUAGUUUAUGAGACCAGAGAUUUAACAUGAAGUUUUAUUGUUCCUUUUAAAUAUGAUGUAUUCUUUCUAAGAUUAUUAUUUAAAAUCUGUUUCAUUGUAUAACAGCUGAAUAUUAGCACAUAGUUCAUGUAGAUCUGUUCCCUGCGUUUUCUGUUUUGACAAUCAUUUUUCCUCUGUGGAGACAACAGAGAAAUCCGUUUUUAAACUUCUCUCUACCAACCCAGUAGCAGAGUGGUGGUAAAUCCGCCAGGUCUGUGUUUACUUUCCUAUCAUCUCCAUCUUUGGUGCUAAGCGCUCCUUGUUUCCUUUUGUUUGCACUGCACUUCCCAGUGAUCACUUUUCUUUGUCGAUCUUUGUGUCUUUUGUUUGUUUCUGUUCUUUUUUCAUUUUCUGUAGGUGGCGCUCUUUUAUUUGUUUUGUUCAACCAUGCAGGUUUUACCGCUUAGGCUGUCCCUUCUUCUGUUUAUCCCAAACAAAUCCCCAACAUAAAACGCAUUUACUUCCUGUACGCUAGAGGAUUUUUCUUUUCACCCCAAGGAGAGACCAUCCAGAUGCCACAUGUUAAGUUGCAUUUUCAUGAAAAUGUUGCAGAUUUAUUGACAGAAAGUUCAAGAAAAAGAAUUUUCUGUUUUGAUCUACGUGACUAAUUCUCUACAUCCAAUUGCACAAGUCCAGCAUAAUAUGUGCCACGAUGCCAGAUAUUGUCAUUUUACUAAAUAACCUGUUAGCACUAAGGUCAGUUAAUGCUAAAGCAUUAGGUCACCUCUGUGCUCGGGUUAUUCAAAAGUUUUUGAAUCGCUCACUCUUCAAGCAGAACAUCUCAAUACGACAGAUCCCUUUUUGUAUCUUUAAAUCACAGGUACUCUUUCUUAAUUGACUUAACAUUUUUGAAGCUGAUGGUCCCGUAAUUACCGUAAAGAUAAAAAAAGACAACAAACUGUUAAUAUGCAAUUGUUAUACAUACUAUAUUUGUAUAAAUAAAUCUAUGUGCUUGUGUACAGUGAACGCCUUGUCG